AUGGACUCUGCUUCCAUCCCUCCCCGGCGUGGCCACCUGUUCGAAUCCGACCGAGAUCUGUUCAACAUGCACCCACGAGCAGACGUUUCUCAGGCGAGGUUAUUACCCGACACUUCGGUCCGCCAUACCCUGCCUACACCGGCCAGGCCGCAGACCACCACCACAACCACCACCACUGCCGACGCGCUUCCCAGCGACGCCGCCCCAUCAACCUCGGCCGACGCGACUGCGAACAUCCAAAACAACCUCAACCACCAAAGCCACGCUCAGCACCAACAUUUCCAACCUCCCUCACAACCGGUCAGUAACGUUCGCACAGUAGACGCCCGUCCGACGGCGAGAGAACCCAUUGCACCCCCCGCGUCCUCGCAAAUCCACCCCGCCGCCGCCCGACCGACCCCCUCCGUCCAUUCGCAAGAUUCCAACUUGUCCGCCGAGUCCGAUAACGUCUUUACCCCGCCGGCGAGUCAAGGCGAGAUGCCCGGCGCCAAUACCAACGGCCACACCUCAAGCCAAGAGUCCCAAUUACUCCAGCUGUCGCAUAUCGCCGCCGCCCAGGACAAGUUGGCCGAGAAUGACGCCGCUGCCACUUCGCGGAAGCGCAUGGCCGACGGCAUGGUCAAGGAAGACACCUCCCCCGUCCGCAUAGGUCACUCUCGGAAUACGAGCACCGUGAGUAUGGCUUCGACCGCGGCCAGCAGCGUCGGUGAUUGGUCCAGUGACCUCAAGACGCGUCUCUCCUACGCAAUGCUCAAGGUGAACCACGGCUGGCAGUCUCACUCGAUAGACGAGGUCGAGUCCAUGGCCUCUCAAGCCGCCUCGCCCACCUCGAGCCAUUCCACAUUACACGGCCGCCAAGAAUUGUCCGCAAGUCCUCGCGCCAACAUUGCUCGCUAUCAGCCUGCCAGCGCGGCCACCACUGCCACUUCCGGUCCAAGUCCCGCGACGUAUGAAGCUUUCUGGAAAGAAGGCCAAAGGUCAACCCAAACAUCGCUCUCGCCGCCAGCUCCUCAAAAUGCUCCCACACUUGCGCCUCCGGCUCCCAUUCAACCGUCAAGGCCAGGACCCUCUCUCAACCCUCGCCGCAACUCAAAUCCGCGCUACACACCAACCCUUCUCUCACAUUCACACAGCGCCUCGCCGCACACUCCUGGACAGCAACCCUCGAGCGGGACGCCGCUACAGAGGCUAGGCAGGGCACCCAUCGACCCCAUCCUCUUCUCCCCUCACCAGAACGUCAGAGAGCAAGACGCCAUCGAGUCCCUCAUCUUCAUGAGCAGCCCCGGGAACUCGGCCAACAUGAAGCACAACUACUCCCAGUCCGUGGCUUCAAACCUGCCCGGUCGCCACGCGUUGCCGAACUCACAACCUCGCAAGAGCUUACCCACACAACGACCCGCGCAGCAGAAAAGGGUCGGCUUCGAGAAAAGCCCCGGCGGCAUGACCACGGUGAGCGACAUGGACGUGGACAUGGACUCGCCCCAGUCGCGUGGUCCCGUGAGGAGGCGCGUCCAGGGCAGCGCCAGCUUCUCGGCCGGCAGCACCCUCCGGCCGCAGCUGUCGCUUCCGGCGGCUCUGGGCAGUACGUCAAGGCCCCGGCCACGCUUGGCGGACGCCGACAUCGAGCGCAUGAUCGACCAGGUGGCUCAAGCCGGCGACAGUUCGGACGAUGACGACGGCGAGAUCCAGAUCCCGGGGAGGAGUAGACCAGAAGGGUCCGUGGGGGUCUGA